AUGGCCGCCCCAGAGUUAAUAGAACAGCAGAACCUGCGUAUAGCAGUAGAAGGUUGCGGUCACGGAGUGCUACACGAAAUCUAUGCAUCUGUGGCAAAAGCGUGUGAAUUGAAAGGUUGGCCAGAUGUUGAUCUCUUGAUCAUCGGCGGCGACUUUCAGGCUGUUCGAAAUGCGUCCGAUCUCAAGGCAGUAUCGAUGCCUUCCAAGUACUAUGCGAUGCACGACUUUCACGAAUACUAUUCAGGCUUGCGCACAGCCCCGUACCUCACUAUAUUUAUUGGAGGCAACCACGAAGCGAGCAACUACAUGUGGGAGCUAUACUACGGCGGCUGGGCCGCCCCGAAGAUAUAUUACAUGGGUGCCGCCAACGUAAUACGGCUAGGGCCAUUGCGCAUUGCUGGGUUGUCUGGUAUUUGGAAAGGCUACAACUACAAGAAGCCGCACUACGAGCGCUUGCCCUACAAUAGUGAUGACGUUAGGAGCAUUUACCACGUUCGGGAAAUUGACGUGCGGAAACUGCUUCAGAUACGCACACAGGUGGAUAUCGGUCUAAGCCAUGACUGGCCGCGUGGUAUGGAGUGGAAAGGCAAUUACCGACAACUCUUUAGCUGGAAGCCAGACUUUGAACAAGAAGCCAAGGACGGCACUCUCGGUAGCGUUGCCGCGAAGGACGUCCUCGAGCACUUGCGACCACCCCACUGGUUCAGCGCCCAUAUGCAUGCUAAGUUUCCAGCUGUAUGGAACCACGCAGAAGCUCCGAAUAUGGCGCCCGAUACCGACAACCCUGUUCCGACGGUCGUGAAUGACGGCGAGAUCGAUCUGGAGGACGUAGACGAGGAGCCCAUCCCAGCGCCCAAGAAUGAUGCGGAGAUUGAUCUCGAUAUGGAUUUGGGUGACGAUGAGGCGCCGCCUGUACCAGUCGCAGAGCCAAAGGAGCUCCCCAAAUCUAACAUGACGGAGAGCGAAUCCCAAAUCCCUGAUGAUAUUCGGAGUCUUCUACCAGAAUCUUUCUCACGCUCAACCUUUGAGCCAAAACAGACUUUGCCCUUCCCUGAAGACAUUACGAAUAAGACAACCAACUUUCUCGCACUUGACAAGUGCUUGCCCAAGCGAAGCUUUCUCCAGUUGUUGGAAAUAGAGCCACAUUCACCUGCUGAAUUGCAAAGACCUUUGCAGCUACAGUACGACAAAGAAUGGCUUGCCAUUACUCGCGUCUUUGCCGAUCACCUCCAGGUGGGGGAUCCACACGCGCAAGUCCCUGCAGACAAAGGUGAUGCUUUUUACCGACCUCUUGUGGAGAAGGAGAUGAGUUGGGUUGAGGAGAAUAUCAUUGCUACCAACAAGAUGACCAUCCCAGAGGAUUUCACACGGACUGCGCCGGUAUACGAGCCUGCUUUAGGCAUUCAUGUCCAAGAGUCCCCGCAAGAGUACAGUAAUCCGCACACACAGUCAUUCUGCAAUUUACUGCAGAUCCCGAAUAUAUUUCAUGCGUCAGAUGAAGAGCGGGCACAACUAGCGCAAAAUGGUCCGAGGCCGGAACAACAGCGGUCCAAUCGAGGUGGGGGGAGAGGCGGAGGUGGACACAGAGGGGGUGGGCGUGGCCAAGGGCACAGAGGUCGUGGGAGGGGCGGAAGGGGUGGACGUGGCCGCGGUGGACGCUGGUAA